AAACGAGUGGCGGGGAACUGCCGUGGCAGCCGCUGUGGUCGCUGUUUACAGGUGAAGGCGAGUUCCUUCGUCUGUGGAUCUAGCCAUGGCGCUGCAGCUUACCCGGGAGCAGGGCAUCACGCUACGCGGGAGCGCCGAAAUCGUAGCCGAGUUCUUCUCAUUUGGCAUCAACAGCAUCUUAUAUCAGCGUGGCAUAUAUCCAUCUGAAACCUUCACUCGAGUGCAAAAAUAUGGACUCACCUUGCUUGUGACUACUGAUCCUGAGCUCAUAAAAUACCUCAAUAAUGUGGUGGAACAACUAAAAGAUUGGUUAUACAAAUGUUCAGUUCAGAAACUGGUGGUAGUCAUCUCAAAUAUUGAAAGCGGUGAGGUCCUUGAAAGAUGGCAGUUUGAUAUUGAGUGUGACAAGACUGCAAAAGAUGACAGUACACCCAGAGAAAAGUCUCAGAAAGCUAUCCAGGAUGAAAUCCGUUCAGUGAUUAGACAGAUCACAGCUACUGUAACAUUUCUGCCACUGUUGGAAGUUUCUUGUUCUCCAAUUUUGAUCCCGUUCUAA